AUGUUGUUCCUGUGUGUAAUAGGGGCGUGGCUGCAAAUAGCAACGGUUGCCUACAAAAGGAAAGGAGGUGGAAACCAGUGGAGGUGUGAGCAGGAGAAGAGGCGUGCACACAUUCGAGGGCGCAGCCGCAGCGGGGAAGGAAACACGGCGGGGCCACAGUCAGCAGCUGUGUGUGUCUGUGUGUGGGUACUGGUGGGGCGCCGGGUAACUGGCGGUGCAGACACGCAUCACCGAAGCCUCGCUUUCAACGCUACCGUAACCUCCUGGUCACUGCCGCAACUGGCAACAAGGAGCAGCUCGCCUACUGCUCAUGUAGUAAUGAGGGUGGUGGUGGAGCAGCCAGGGAUAGGCCGGCAGCGUGCCCGCGUCACGGCCAGCAGGGCACAUCGGCGCCGAGUGCAUGCCGCCACGCCGCAUGCACAGGCCGGACAGCAGCAGCACCACAACUACCUGUAA